AUGAAACCCUUCAGCCCCAUCCCCUUCCUCUUCGUCUUCCUCCUCGCGGAGCUGGGUUCCAAGGCCGCACCUUCGGUCUCACCGACUGUGAGCGCCGACUUCCCAAGGACGGGCCAUCCCUCAGAAACCUCCCCUCCAGCUUCUGAAAAUUCCACUCUCUACCAUCCUAACCCAGAAUCCCCUGGGGUUGCUUCUCCUGAGCCCUCCAAGACGCCUUAUGCGUUUUCCCCUGAGCCCUCUCCCCGCGACUUUACUGAGACUCCCGACCCUGGCCUUCGAGAACCCCCCCACCCAGGAUCUCUGGAGAUCCCCAAAUCUAACUCACUCAACACCUCUAUAUCAGAACCCCUGGAGACCCCCCAAAUUAACUCCUCCCAAAUGACACAUCCGGGACCUUCUGAGACCCCCACACUGGGCCCGACUGAAAUUCCACACCCGGAUUCCCCUGAGACCCCUAAAUCUAAUUCCUCCAAAACUUCUCACCCAGCAUCUCCUGGGACCCCGAAUCCUGACCCUCCCCAAACUCCACGCCAAGGAUUCCCAGGGGUUCCCAAACUUAACUCCACUGAAAUCUUACAUGCAGAAGCCCCUGAUCCUGACCCCACCAAAACCUUUCACCCUGAAACUUCAGAAACUUAUGACCCCAACACCACUGCACCCCCACACUCUGAACUCCUUCAGACUCUUGUCCCUGGCCCUGUCAGUACCCUGCUCCCAGAAUCCCACAUAACCCACCACUCUGGUCCCACUGAAACCCCCCAAUCAAAACUGCCCGCACUCCACUACCAAGAUAUAACAGAGAUCCCCAUGGAAUCUGACCCUGGAAUUUCCCCCAGUCUCCACCAAGAAACGCCUGCACCCGUCAAGGCCCAAGCUACUGCCCUAAAUGAGCUGUCCCUGAAUAUCGGACCAGAAACACUUGCAGCCACCCAGCCCAACUCCCUUAAAUUGCCCGCCGCAGAUUUCCCUGGGACCGCUGAGCCCAUGGCCUCCCAGUACCCUAGUCCCAAAGGGCCAGAUGCCCCUCCUCCCUCCUCCCGGAGUGCGGACGCCCCUGCUCCUCCAGGGUCCCGCAGUCAGCCGGCCCCCGCCACUCUGCGGGCCCCCCAGCGGCGCAGCCGAGGUGAGAGGGUCAACACUAUCAUCGUGGUGGAACGAGUGGAGGAGACCGGCGUGACCCUGGUGGGGCGCCCCCGGGGCGCGGCAGGCGGCGCCCUCUGCCUUUUCUUGGCCGGGACCGGGCUGCUAAUCGGCGUUUUCCUGCUGCUCUGGUGUCUCUACCGCCGGGGGGCUCGACAGCGGUCCUUCGCACAUCAUCGGCUUCCAAACGACGGAGAUGAGCCGGUUAUGCAUUUGGACCCUCCGAAGGAGCCCUACGAUCUCUACUUUUAUGCGCCGGACGCUUGGGUCCCUUCCCACAUCGCCACCAAGCAGCCGCCGCCCACUCCUCCGCUGCCGCCCAAGCUGCCCCCGCCGCCCCGCGGGGGCCGCCCCCAGCGUCUGGAGCCGCUGUCCCCCGCCACGCUCCCCAACAACUUUGCGUGA